AUGUCCGUUCCCUUUUCGAGCCCAUUUGCGCCCAACGCAAACCCGUUUGGCAACGAUCGGUCGCAGAAUGUCAUGCACAGUUUGGCUGAGGAGGACGAGAAUGAUCAUGGCAGAAACCCAAACACAGCGUUUGGUUCAGGUGCUGGCAUGGCCUUUCGUGGAACCUUUGGCGGUGACGCCAGCGCAGAUACACCUCCAACCGUCCGAGUCCCUCCACACCCAGACAGUUACCCUGCCCAAUAUAACUUUGCUCGCCGCACGUCGGUGUCGGCGGAAUCGCUAAAGCCCAGCGCAGACAGCUAUGACAACUGGUCGCCCCCCUUUCACGAAAAGACUGCCGACCAGCUCGAGCGUCUCAAAAAGGCUAUCGAAGGUAACUUCUUGUUCAGCCACCUCGACGAAGAGCAGACGGCCCAGAUCCUUGGCGCAUUGAUUGAGAAGCCUAUUCCUGCCAAGGGCAUCAAGAUCAUUAGUCAAGGCGAUGCUGGUGACUUCUUCUACGUCGUGGAGAGGGGUUCGUUUGAUGUCUACGUCAACCCCAGUGGAACCAUCCAGCCUGGACCAGACGGCUUGGGCGAGAACGUUGGAAAUAUCCAAGCCGGAGGAUCAUUUGGUGAACUCGCGCUCAUGUAUAACGCCCCACGCGCUGCCACAGUCAUCUCCGUUGAACCCAACUGCACGCUAUGGGCCUUGGAUCGCAUCACGUUCCGCCGCAUCCUAAUGGAGUCGACCUUUGCCCGGAGGCGAAUGUACGAGACCUUUCUGGAGGAGGUUCCGGUCCUGCAAUCGCUUACGCCGUAUGAACGAUCCAAGAUUGCUGAUGCUCUCGAAACCAAAAAAUAUGGCCCCGGCGACGUCAUCAUUAGGGAGGGUGACCAAGGUCAUGCAUUCUUCCUGCUAGAGAGUGGCGAGGCCGACGCGUUCAAGGGUGAUCAAAGCAACAAGGUGCUGCAUUAUAAGAAGGGAGAUUUUUUCGGCGAACUGGCCCUGCUCAAUGACAAGCCUCGAGCUGCCAGCGUCGUGGCUUCAACCGAGGUGAAGGUGGCAACGCUUGGCAAGCAUGCUUUCCAGAGACUUUUGGGUCCUUUGGAGGGAAUACUGCGCCAUACCAAGUACCAAGGCGUCGACACUGGAGUCGAAGAAAUGGACCCUCUGCACCGUGGAUAG